CUGAAGAACAGUCUAACCAGCAUAAAAUGGUAGAAUGUGUUGGAAAGUCAUCUUCCACUUCAUCUGCUGCCAUAAUCCCCAUAUCAACUAUUCCCGAUGACUCUAAACCUAUAGAUACUCAGAAUAACACAAAGCAACGAGUAAUGCCUGACAAUAACAUCAGUAAGAAAGAUCAUGCUACAAAUGACGUGCCUAAGGAUGAAGACAGACUUGAGUUAUCACAUAAGCCGGCAAAAGAGCGUACAAAAUCCUCUUCUGGUUCUACUUCGAAAGUCUCACACCACCAAAGCAGGAUUUCACAUACUUCCAUUUUGAAAAGAACCAUAUCUGAAUCUAAAGAUUCUGUGCCUUCGUCAUCUUUAAAGGCAUCUUUUGUACAGAAUACUUCAGUUACCUCAGUCACUGGCGAGUCUACUGGUUCACUGCAAAGUCAAUCUGCCACGCACAUUCAACAAAAUAAGACAUCAGCUUCUGGUUUACCACAGAAAGGUGAAAAGUUCAGCCAUUCAAGUACCCAGAUAGCAUCUAAGGUUACACAUGCAUCAUCAGUACAUCCUUUUGCAACAUCAAAUUCCUCUACUCUGAGUGAUGAAGAGCUUGCUUUGCUUUUGCAUCAAGAACUUAAUAGUUCUCCGAGAGUCCCUCGUGUUCCACGUGUGCGGCAGACUGGUAGUUUCCCACAGCUGGCGUCUGCAACUGCAACAAGCAUGCUAAUGAAACGUGCAUCUAGCUCAGGCGGAAAGGAUUACAGUUUGGUCCCUAGAAGAAAAAGCAAGGAUGCAUCUAAAGAUUGGUCCCGUGGAUCUCGUGAGCUCGAUCAUGAGGCUAAAAGGAUUGAUAAAGUGCGAUCUUCACAUGAUCAGAGACAAGAUCUUGGUUCUUCCAUGGAUGUUUCUGCUAAAAGGAAUGACAAGAAUGUACAUCCCACACCCGCCACAAUCUCAAACAGUGGUCCUUCGACUGAAGCUAAUGAACAAAAUUUGCCAUUUGUACAUAGUUCACCCAGAAAUUUCUCUGAUGAUGAUGCAGGCACAGUUCGUGGUUCUGUACCUCGUACUUUACCCGGCUUGAUAAAUGACAUUAUGAGCAAGGGCAGGCGAAUGACAUAUGAAGAACUUUGUAAUGCAGUUCUGCCGCACUGGCCUAACUUGAGGAAGCAUAAUGGAGAACGAUAUGCAUAUUCUAGUCAUUCUCAAGCCGUCCUUGAUUGCCUAAGAAAUCGACAAGAAUGGGCUCAGUUAGUCGAUCGUGGUCCUAAGGUAUGCACAUAAGUUAUGGCUUAGCAUCUUU